UGCAACCUUAAGCUGUAAAGAUGCCGGAUCUAAAGUAUCUGUUGACUAGUCUGAGCCUGUAUUUCUUUGUAGGAAGUGUUCAACCCAGAUGUCUUAUCGAUUUGGCUCAUUUGCAAGGCAAUAAUGUGUACCUAAGCAACCAUAACGGAGUCUAUGAUAUUCAGCGCAGUGAUAUUGUUGAAAUCGGUCAUUCGGUGCAUCUGCUAUGCAAUGGUGGACAAAUUUUAGGCGUAUUCGAGUGUAAACCUAACAGUGUUUUCAGCCCAGCGCUAAGCUCAGCAGCAUGUGUACCACCAGAACCUGCCGUGGUAGUGGUAUCAGAUACUUCGUGUUCCUCUCCACGCAAAAUGUACGCUGUAGGGUUUAUCUUCAAUGGAAGGCUCUUGGAACUGUAUCGCAACUGUUUUGAUCACAACAGCUUGGAGUUCCAACAUUCUAUCUACAUGGCUUAUCGCUACGUAAACACCGCUCCACGUCCCCAUCCAACUUGGCAGUCAGAUCAAUUAAGUGGUGGAUUUGAUAAUGCCUACGAAGGAAAAGCAACUCAAGCUUGCUUGCUCACUAACCUGGGUGCAGCACAGCCGCAAUGUAAAUUUGAUCGUGGCCACAUGACACCGGCUUCUGCUUUUAUAUCAAAAUCACUUAAGGAGACAACCUUUAGGUAUUUAAAUGCCAUCCCUCAGUAUGGUGGAGUCAAUCGCGGCAAAUGGAAGACCGUUGAGACCUGGGUGAACAAUAUGGUUAGGGGAAUGCAUGAUCAGACCAUCAUCAAUAACAUACGAAUAACGCGUACAUACGAUGUCCUUAAGGUUUGCAUUGGGGCACUGGGAGUGCACAGACUAAAACAUAAUAGAAGUAACAACAUGAUACCAAUUUACCUGUUGGAUAAUAACAAAAUUCCCGUGCCAGAGUGGAUGUACAAGAUAGUAAGCCAUCUCUCCGGGGAUAAAUGGGUGAUGUUGACCUACAACGACAGAAUAAGCCCCAGUGCCAAUGCAAUAAAGGCCAUCUGUGAAGAGAUACCCUGUCAUCCGGGUCUUCAAUUUACUACCAAGCUUUCUGGACGUACUGUGUGCUGCGAGCCGUACUCUUUCAUUACAAAUAACGUUCCACACUUAACUGGUGUGUGCUGAAUUCGUCAAGCUACUUUCAUCAUUUGUUUUAUUAUUGUUCAGUACUUUAAAAUAUACAUUGUAAAAAAUAUAAGGUAUUUUGGAAACAUAAGUGCGUU